UGAUGUGGUUUUGUUAGAUGCGUUAGUUUUCACCAAACUAAAUUUAAAACUUUAUUAUUAUAAGAAGUUCCUCAAAAGCUUUGUCAUUUUUAAGUGAAACGCAAUAAGGUAAAUAACUGUGAAAUUACUUGUGUUAUGAAACUUUUGGUGUUGCUUGAAGCAUUCAGAUGUGACAAAUGUGGUAUUUAUAUAUUGGAAUGAACAAGUGAUGUCUACAUGAACUUGUAUAUCAGGCUAUAAGUAAUCAAAGGAAUACACAUUGCAGAAAGUAAGCUGUGUUCAGGAGAACGUCAAGAGUACAACUUUGAAACAUUGAAAGUAAUGAAGCAAACAGAAUGACAACUAACUCCCCAACUUCUGCUGAUGCCUGCCUCAGUAUUGUCCAUAGUUUGAUGUGUCACAGACAGGGGGGAGAAUCCGAAAGUUUUGCCAAAAGAGCGAUUGAAAGCUUGGUGAAAAAACUCAAAGAGAAGCGUGAUGAACUUGAUAGUUUAAUUACUGCUAUCACGACAAAUGGAGCCCAUCCCAGUAAAUGUGUUACCAUACAGAGGACACUGGAUGGAAGAUUACAGGUUGCUGGAAGGAAAGGAUUCCCACAUGUUAUAUAUGCCCGAAUCUGGAGAUGGCCUGACCUUCAUAAAAAUGAAUUAAAGCAUGUAAAAUACUGUCAGUAUGCCUUUGACCUAAAAUGUGACAGUGUCUGUGUCAAUCCGUAUCAUUAUGAACGAGUGGUUUCUCCAGGAAUAGAUUUAUCAGGCUUAACACUGCAGCAUUCAGGAGAAACAUCAGGUAAGGUUUUAUUGUAAGUUUUAUUAACAUUGCAAGUUAUUCUACUUAGAGUUUGAAGGACAAUUUUAUUAAAAGAUUUUAGUCUAGUAGUGAUAAAUAUAUAAAAUGAACAAGGCUAGUUCUAAGACAAUAUCAAGUGAAAUAUGUUGAGGGUAAAACUGGUUUUAUUUUUUCUAAUGAUUUCCAGUCUGGUUGCAAAAUUUUGGCCACUUUUGUAUUUGUAUUUUUAAAAACUGAACUCAGAAAUGAAACAAAGAUAUUUCAUAUAUAUAUAAACAUUGAAUAUUUUCAAACCUGUUAGAUUUUGUUUUGGUAAGUUUACAGUUUAUAAUGAAAUUAGAGCCACUACAUGGCACAAUUGUACUGUACUAUUACACAGCACUUCCCUGGAAGUCAGGUUUCACACAUGCUUAUAAGUGAAAUACAAUCACAGGUUUGAUAACAACAUUGCUAUUAUGCUUUGUAAAAUAUAAUCACAGGGCCUAAUAACAUCAGCGCUAGUCCACUUUUUAAAGUACAAUCACAGGCUUAAUAAUAUUAGCACUUAGUCCACUUUGUAAAAUAAUAGGCCUAAUAACAUAAUCUAUACUUCACUCUGAUUAAACAAUUUUGCAAUAUGAAAUAUAUAUUGUUAAAACUAAAUGGAUAGUAUUUAUGUUAUUAUGUCUUAUUUGUAAAAGUUACCUAUGUAAUCUCUCUAGUAGAAGUUAUGUACAGCUAUUUCAAAAAGACCCCUAUUAAUCUCUGAGCUAACACUAGGACAAAGUCCACCAUAAAAUACCAUUAGUUUCAAAUUACAAAUGGAAGAUGUUCCAAAGUGGAAAGGAACGACCAAAGUAAAUACGUAAAGAAAAUAAGCACCAAUAUACUUAUUUUAUAUAACUAAUUAUUUGAAAAUAUACAAUCAUGAACAAUAUUUGGGUAAAAACUAAAAGUUUAGAAAUAAGAAAGAAAGAGAAGAUGAUCCCAAUUUUUAGAUGAUAUGUUUUUCUUAGUUUUCGAGAUUUGAAAGUGUUGUAAAACUAAAUUAUGGCAAGGGAACUUUAUUCUUUUUGACAUUAGUAGUUUCUAAAGUUCAAUGUUUGAAGCAUUCCAUUCAAAAUAAAAACAAAGAAAUGACCUAAUUUUGUAUCUGUACAAACUUUAUCUACCUAGGAAGGAAGUGUUUAAAUAUUUCUAUUCCCUAAUAUAACUUACAGUUGGGAGGGAGUAAAUAUCUCAGUUAGACUAAGCUGUUUGGUUUUAUUCUUUAAAAAACUCUAAAUCUAAGGAUUUCAGUUACAAUUUUAUUUUGUAGAUAAUCCAUAGGGAAAGAUCAGACAGAAAUUUCUUAAAUUAAUUUUCCUUUAUACAAGAUACCAGGCUGGAAAGGAUUAAGCUAUUUUCAUUAUAGAAUGAGACGUCAAGUUGUAUGAAAUUUAAGGUAAAUUAAAACUCAUAACUAUCAUUUAUGGGUCAAAGCUUAAAACAUUAAAAACGUGAUGUUGAUAAUUUAAUAUGUUAUCAUAUUUGAAAUAUUUUUAUAUUGAAUACAUUUGUGAAGAUUAUUUC